AUAAGUUUAAUGCUAGCUAGCAACUUACCAUGGCUCAUUGCAGCCACAUUGCAGCUAUAAGGUCGUUUUGAUGCUGCACCCUGUGUAACAGGUGGUCAGCCUGCCACGCAGUUUCCUCAUGGAUUGCAAUGUAAUCGGCAUCCAAAAAGGCUGAUUACUGAUUAUGACAACUUGAAAUCGACCAUGCUGAUUAAUCGGUCGACCUCUAGUGGGAACCAAUGGUUGGGGAGGCCAGUUGGAUCAUAUUACCUCAGUUAUGGAGAGUUUUUGGAAAUGUAAAAACGUCUGUGGCUCAGCCUAGUUGGAUGUUUGYUCAGCAGGAAACGUUUACUAGACAUUGUUGACUAAUUUCAACAAUUGCAGUUAAGCCGCUGACAAGCAGUGUGCGCCAACUUCUGCAACACACUGGCUUCUCAUCUUCUCCCUCCCUUCAUGAGCACUGAGUAAUGGAAAGCUGGAACUAAGAACUUGGUUUGGUGAGMCACCUUAUUGUGUAAUCACCUCAUUGGGUGAUGUGCUGCAUGGUGCCAUGUGAAUGACAGAACCACAAUGAAGUCGUCACACAAGCUGCUGUUCGUCCUGUGCCCCAUGCUGGUCCUGGGCUUCAUCUACUACUCCUCUGGGAAGCUACACCUGCACGUAUGGGGCCAGAAGCCACAGAUUGAUUCGGAGUCCACUCUCAUAGUCCCGACUAAAGGUCAAAGCACCACAGAGUUGGAAGCGGACGUUGCUCUCACCGUGGGACAAAUAGUAGGCUCAGUGUAUGAUAAGCAGGGCUUUCUGCUGAAGCUGGAUGGAAAGUUGUCAGCAGAAUUGGCGUACAAGUAUGGCAACCUCAGCGAAGGAGUGUGCAAGCCAGGCUACGCAGCUGCCAAGAUGACUGCCAUCUAUCCAAAGUUCAUGAAGCCAGCUCCYAUGUUUCUCGACCGGAACUUCAAGCGUCUGGCCAAAGUCAGCAGUUACUUACCUCCAUUUGGAUUCAAAACACAAGAAACAAUCAUAGACAUUAUUCUAACUGCCACAAAGAACUAUGGGCUGGGUCAAGACGUUGACAGUUUAAUUUGUAAAAGAUGCAUUAUCGUGGGCAACGGUGGUAUCCUGGCUAACAAGUCUAUGGGCUCCCGAAUCGAUGAUUACGACAUUGUGGUGAGGUUGAACGAGGCUCCGGUGACUGGUUUCGGCAAGGACGUGGGCACCAAGACCACCAUGCGCAUCACCUACCCCGAGGGGGCCAUCCAGAAGCCUGAGCGAUACGAGAAGGACUCACUCUUCGUCUUCUCUGCCUUCAAACCGCUGGACUUCAAGUGGCUCAGACAGAUGGUCUUCAGAGAGAAGCUGCGUGGUACAGAGGGCUUCUGGAAGUCAGUGGCCCGUUACGUCCCGAAGGAGCCCACAGAGAUGCGCAUCCUCAACCCCUACUUCAUCCAGGAGGCUGCCUUCCAGUUCAUCGGCCUGCCACUCAACAACGGCCUCAUGGGGAAAGGGAACAUUCCAACCCUGGGUACGGUCGCCAUAACGAUGGCCCUGCAUAACUGUGAUGAGGUGGCGGUGGCUGGCUUCGGCUACGACAUGAACACGCCCCACGCGCCCUUGCACUACUACGAGACGGUCAAGAUGUCCGCCAUCAAAGAGUCCUGGACACACAACAUAUCCAAGGAGAAGGAGUUCCUCCGCAAGCUGGUGAAGGCCAACGUCAUCACGGACCUGACCAACGGCAUUUGAGUCUAACUGUCCCAGAGCUUURCCUUUUUCCAAAAGAACCACAGAACAGAGGAUUCUGGGAAUUAACCUGGGGGGGGGUGGGGGAACCCAGACCCUGGUGGUCUGCAUACUGCCUAAGUUUUUAUGAAGAGAAGAUUUAAACGGACGGCUCAGUGGAGAGACGCACAUACGUGCCUUCUGACCCAGAGGCUCCUGUGUCAGGAGAAACAUAGGCCUGGAUCGGACGUCUUCAGGACAGUCAACGGACGAUCCGACAACCGCGUUUACCGUUUCAAUACCCCUGAAAAUCACAUGAACGAACAAGUGAUAUGGAAGAGGAUGAUGAUGGAUGGCAGAGGAUGGAAGGCCUGACGGACAGCUGUAGAGUCGGACAAUCUGCAGAAGAGAGGGACAGAUGGUUACAGCAGUGCCAAACGUACGUACCUCGUUACAAAGGGGGGAGCAGAUGCCCUCUCCCUGUACUGCCUGAAUGUAUUCACAAAACAAUGUAAAUAUCAAAGAUUAUUACCAUGCUUUUUAACAAGCUGCAGCAACCCCCCAUCCGGGCAUUGGCRAGCCWCCCUCCAUCCGGGCAUUGGCRAGCCWCCCUCCAUCCGGGCAUYGGCGAGCCUCCCUCCAUCCGGGCAUCGGCAUACAGUACAUAUCCCACCUCAGACCCACACAAGGCCUUUUUUUAAACCUUUGUCUCUCCUUAUCGCUUCCAUAUCAGCAGGCCUUUUUGAGGCUGCCCUGCAUUUUGAGAUUAUUAUUACAGAUGUUAAUAUCCAGAAAGACAAGAGGCCUGGAUUAUUUUAUUUAGGUUUAAUUUAUUUAUAAAUAGGCUGAGAAUUGGUGCAUUAUCCUUUCCUUGUUCCAGUUCGCCACGAUGUGCUUCCUCAAUGACUCACUGUGUUAUUAGUUGUUGAGUGGAUAUCCCUCAAACCUGGGCUGAGACCCUAGUAUUUCCAGUAUGGCUUUAAUAUAAGCCCAAGUCAAAGUCAGUAUUAUCAUUUAUGGCCAAUAUUUCAGUCAGAUUUUUGUGUUGUAUUAUGAAAUGUUUUUUUAAUGUUUUCCUUUGUGUGCUCUAAUGAACAUGACAAAGUAUCACAAGAUGACGCCCCAACAGACCAGUAUUACAGAGAGAGAGAGAACCACUGGUCUGGGAAUAGUGUUCCUGUUCACACUCAAGUGUUCAGAAUAAUUUGCCACUUGUCCAGUAUUUCAAUAAAAAMCCAAGUAUUCCAAUAUUUCAGUCAGAUUGCAGUAAGUCGUAUUACAAUAUUAAACCAUAUUUCAGUUUUAUCCUGUUUGGUUUGUGAUAUUAAACCCAAAUUGGUAUUACAAUGUGAAAGCUUACUGGUCCAAUGUUUCUCAGUGAAAGGCCCAUUUGGUUAGUUGUUACAGUUCAAGCGCUAACGGAUCAGUAUUUAAGUGUUGCUCCGGUGGCUCAGUAUUACAAGAUGAGACACCACGCUAUGGUUACAGCCUCCCCCGCUGCUUCCCUCAUCAACUACACUUAAACUGAAAGYCAUAAUCAGCUUUAUAUGGUGAUGGGGAGUUUUUAGUUCUUUCUACCUUUUUGGAUGACAUUUUGGCUGUUGCUUAAUUUAAAAAAAAAAAUAUAUAUAUAUGUUUUUGACUUUAUUGUUUUCAUGGAGGUGCAUACUCACUGUACACCUGUAUCCACUUCUCUUCCUGUCCAUUAGUAAGGUAUUAUUAGGGUUGUGUUAAUUUGGCGAGAAAUAGAAGAAAACAUACAAAAACGUUGAGACUGACUGGAAUUCAAAUUCCAAAUGCUAAUUUGUGUUCUAUUGCGGAAGGUUUUAAAUAGWUUUCCUUUGUGUGCUGUAAUGAUCACUAACCAGUUUCAGAGAGGCGUGCGUCACUGCUCUCUCUUGCUGGGCUCCCUCAACAAAACUUUCUCACUUCUGUUCACGAUGGGAAAAUAAAAACAAUAUGGAGGAAUCUUAACCUAGCCUAMCAUAUUGGUGUUACAAUACCUAUCCAGGCCCUUCAAAUUAGUUAGGGGAAAGUAGCCUGCUUUUACACAGGCAGCCCAAUUCUGAUAUUUGUUCCACUAAUUUGUCUUGUGAAAAGAUUUGAUUGGUCAAAAGACCAAUUAGUGGAAAAAGAUCACAAUUGGGCUGCCUGCGUAAAUGCAGACUUUGAUCCCUUCCCUCCAACCUAGAUAACAAUCUUUCAGAAAUGGAACCCUGCAUAGGACUUUCACUGCUAGGGUAUUAAGAACAGCUCACCAAUGCACUACACCCCUGGCGAGGCCCACACAGGCUGYGUUUACAGGGUUGGAGUCAAUUCCAUAUCAAAUAUAGACAGGUUAAAUAAUUWAUUUUUUAUUAAUGAAAAAAAUCUAUGUGCAUCCUGGAUUGGGCAGGAAUUGACACCAGCCUGGUCUGUAGGCAGAAUGUCAUUAUUAGAACUGGAGACGACAAUAACAUCAUACAGGAAACCUCACCAUAUCAUCCAACGAGCGAGGUCAAAAUCAGUCAUCACCUUACCCUAACACAAUCAAUCACUGGCAAGGUCRUUACAGAUGAAAUCACAAGUGUUACUGUUUCUUUUUAUAUAUUAUAUGAAAUCGAGACUUUGUCAUCUGCAACUUGUUAAUAAAUACGUUGACCCUUUUGUCGCUUUGUAAGGUG